AUGUUUGGGAUUCAGGAAAAUAUACCACGAGGCGGGACGACCAUGAAGGAGGAGCCGCUGGGCAGCGGGAUGAACCCGGUCCGCUCCUGGAUGCACACCGCCGGGGUGGUGGACGCCAACACGGCCGCCCAAAGCGGCGUGGGGCUGGCUCGGGCACAUUUCGAGAAACAGCCGCCUUCCAAUCUCAGAAAAUCCAAUUUUUUCCACUUCGUCUUAGCUCUGUACGACAGGCAGGGGCAGCCGGUGGAGAUUGAGCGAACGGCUUUUGUGGACUUUGUGGAGAAAGAGAAAGAGCCAAACAAUGAAAAAACUAACAAUGGGAUUCAUUAUAAACUUCAGUUAUUGUAUAGCAACGGCGUCAGGACGGAGCAGGACCUCUACGUUCGCCUCAUAGACUCCAUGACCAAACAGGCCAUCGUCUACGAAGGGCAGGACAAGAACCCCGAGAUGUGCCGGGUCCUCCUGACACACGAGAUCAUGUGCAGCCGAUGCUGUGACAAGAAAAGUUGUGGCAACAGAAACGAAACCCCCUCCGACCCCGUUAUCAUUGACAGAUUCUUUCUAAAGUUUUUCCUCAAGUGCAAUCAGAACUGUUUGAAGAAUGCAGGCAACCCACGAGACAUGCGAAGAUUCCAGGUUGUUGUAUCAACAACAGUCAAUGUGGAUGGCCACGUGCUGGCUGUCUCAGACAACAUGUUUGUACACAACAAUUCCAAACACGGGAGGCGGGCUCGCCGCCUUGACCCCUCAGAAGGUACGGCCCCUUCUUAUCUGGAAAAUGCUACUCCGUGCAUAAAGGCCAUCAGUCCUAGUGAAGGCUGGACUACUGGUGGGGCUACUGUCAUCAUAAUCGGAGACAACUUCUUUGAUGGCUUACAAGUCGUAUUUGGAACUAUGUUGGUCUGGAGUGAGCUGAUAACACCCCACGCCAUCAGAGUUCAAACACCACCACGGCACAUUCCAGGAGUUGUUGAAGUAACUCUCUCCUACAAAUCCAAACAGUUCUGCAAAGGUGCUCCCGGCCGGUUCGUCUACACUGCACUUAAUGAACCAACCAUAGAUUAUGGUUUUCAGAGGUUGCAGAAAGUUAUUCCACGACAUCCAGGUGAUCCUGAAAGGUUACCAAAGGAAGUAUUACUUAAGAGAGCAGCAGACCUUGUUGAAGCCCUAUACGGGAUGCCCCACAACAACCAGGAAAUCAUCCUGAAACGAGCAGCUGACAUUGCUGAGGCGUUAUACAGCGUGCCACGCAACCACAACCAGAUCCCCACUCUAGCCAACACUCCCGCUCACACCGGCAUGAUGGGAGUCAACUCCUUCAGCAGCCAGCUCGCCGUCAAUGUGUCCGAAACCUCGCAAGCCAACGACCAAGUAGGUUACAGUCGCAACACAAGCAGUGUUUCCCCGCGAGGAUAUGUUCCCAGCAGUACUCCUCAGCAGUCCAAUUACAACACAGUCAGCAAUAGCAUGAAUGGAUAUGGCAAUGCCGGCAUGCCCAAUCUAGGUGUACCAGGUUCCCCUGGAUUUCUUAAUGGCUCCUCAGCUAACUCUCCUUAUGGCAUAGUGCCGUCAAGCCCUACCAUGGCAGCCUCUUCGGUCACCCUCCCUUCAAACUGUAGCAGUACACACGGCAUUUUCUCAUUCUCACCUGCCAAUGUCAUCUCUGCAGUGAAACAAAAGAGCGCCUUUGCUCCUGUUGUCAGGCCCCAAGCCUCUCCUCCACCAUCUUGCACCAGUGCAAAUGGAAAUGGACUUCAAGCUAUGUCUGGGCUUGUAGUCCCGCCAAUGUAAAGUCACUUUUGUUUACCUACCGUAGCACCAAGCUUCAGAGGAUGGGCUUAGGGGACAAGUUUAGUAUAUUAAGACAUGCUGAUGGAAACAGUAUCUUCACACAGAAUCAGCAACAAAUGGAAAUGCUACAAAAAAAUCCCCCACAAAAUAAAAAAAAAAAAAAAGACUUUGUUUAAAGAUUUUAUUUAAACUAUUAAGAAUCUACAU